UUUGGCUUUCAAAAAAUUGUAAUUUGAAAUUGGCGGCAUAAAUUCUUAUGCACAGUUGCCAUGUUAUCAAAAAAUAUAAUUUCAACCCGUUCUAACCUGUAAAAUUGGGGAGUAAUCAGAGGUAAUUAUCUCCAAAAUGGCAGACUUGAUAAAGAACCCUAAUCAAAGGUGCUACGUAUACUUAAAAAACGUGGAAAUUUUAACCCAACGAGUAUCGCUCUUACAAGAGGGCAUAUCAAAGUUGAACCUCGAACUUUCGUCCAAAGACGAUGCUUUGCGCGAAUUAAAUAAUAAUUGCGACCAAAUGGUUUGGAUCAAAAUGGGAAUUGUUUACGUACAAAAACCCAGAAAAGAAUGUAUGACAACUCUAAACCAAGAUAUUGAGAAUGCACGUGAAAAAUUGAAGAAUAUGGUGGAGGAAUUUGAAAAAUACAACAGAGAAUUGCACGAAUUAAAACUUAAAGCAAAUUUAGUUGGGUUUCAUGUAACAAAACCGAUUUUAGCUGAAACAAUUAAGAAAAUACAAAAGAAGUUUGGUGGCUGAGCACAGCCAUAACUGGCCACUUUAUUAAUACUUUUAAUAUAUUACUAUCAUGUAUUUGUAC